AUGUUAUGUACUGAAUUGUUCGUCCUAGAGUGUGCAUAAGAACUUUGAUAAGUAUGUUGUGUUCCGUGAGUUUAGAUUAUGGUCAACGUGUUUGGGAUAGUCCAAAGCAAGUCCCAGAUAGAUCAUUCUUGUGCAGCAGCAGAAACUUUGAGUGAAAACAAGAUGCUCUGACUGAUGAUCUUUGAGAUACCAUAUUCUUGAAGAUCUUGUAUGUGAACUGGUUUGCACAUGUUGUUGAUAGGUUUUUAGUAACGAGGUGGUAUGUUGAACGUACCUGCUGAAGGGAUCAGGAGAUAAAAUUAUAUUGUAGCUUCCAGUUAUCGGUUUGCUUGUGACUGUUCGACAAUUUUUCCGGGUUUCGCAUUCUAAACUUGUCAUAGUAUCUUCAGCUUUCAGAUUACUUCCUGUCUGGCUACCUCAUUUUCCGUCUUUGUACUUUGGAAGUUUAGGCUACGCAGUUGUUGGAUCUUCACGGUUCCUCAACACUUGUGUUCUUUAGAUGCCUCAGUUACACUUACAAAUACACUGAAUUUACCUCUUUGAUUCUCUGAAAGUUUCGAAACUGCAUCUCGUAUUGCUGAGGAUGGAUUUGAUGGAGUAAACAAUGAUACUGAAUUUGCUACUUCUAAUUUGGUAGCAGUUUACAUCAAUGACUUAAUGUUUUACAUGAAUAGUUAAGGGGGUGAUCUUUUUGGGUGUUCAGAAACACUGCCAUCUAUUCCCACGACUUUGUGAUAAUUAUCUACAAUUUUGUGAUAAGGCAAUAAAUAAAAACUAGAGUAAGUGGGAAUUCUGGUGUUUGGAAUUUUAUUCCUGGGUUUCUGGCUAAAAAUUUGUUCUGCAUCAAAUAUGAUGGUUAGGAGGUGCUUUUGACUUUCAUUCACAUGUCGUGGUGGAUGCAUAAACAUAUAUGUUUCCUACUCGCGUUUCUGAUUGCUUCUCAGUCAUGCUGCUUACUGGACCAAUCAAACCUGAAGAAAGAACCCGAACAAUAGCUGUAAAGUUUCCGGCAAAGAAGUAUUUGUUGAUGCCUGUUUUGCAUUUUAGAUUGUUAAAUGUUGCAUCACACUUCACAGGAGGAUCGAUCAUAGUAAAUUAUGUUGUUUGUUUAUGAAGAUUUGCUUCUUCCUGUAGAGUGACUUUUUGCUUGGACUUGGGGCUGAUAAAUUGUUAUUGGGUUUUUCGUCGGAGUUGAUAUGUUGUAAGGGUGGCUAUAAGCUUGGAUAAAUGACCAGUCUAAGUAGGAAUUGUUUUGCUGGAAAAACUUUUGCAAGAGCAGAGCAUGGCAGGAGCCAGGAAUAUAAAAUUUGUUGGAAUAUCGGUUGUGAAUUGAGGUCUGUGGUCAAUUGUUAAUUUGAUGACUGAUAGACUUUUGCGGUUCUUCUGUUUUUUCUAAGAACUCCUUGAACUAUCAAGCACAUUGAAUGGCUUUAUCUCGUGUAACAAAGACAAUAUCAUGCUGGAAAGAGACACGGGCCGUCCUCGUGGAUUUGGGUUCAUUACAUUUGCAGAUCGUCAGGGGAUGGAAGAUGCCAUAACGGAGAUGCAUGGACGUGAGUUUGGUGAUCGUACUAUCUCAGUCAACAAGGCCCAACCAAAAAUGGGGGGCGAUGAUGCAGAUUAUGGCUAUAGGGGAGGAAGCUAUCCAUCAGGUGGCAGGGGAAGCUAUGUGGGACGUGACAGACCUGUGGGACAAGAUGAAUGUUUCAAGUGCGGAAGGCCAGGGCAUUGGGCCAGAGAUUGUCUUUCAGCUGGUGGUGGCGGCCGAGCUGGAGGUGGAGGUUCGUUCUCUUCACAUUCUAGGUUUGAAGGGGCAGGUAGUCGUGGAGAUUGCUUUGGAGAUCGUGAUCGUUACAUUGAUGACCGUUAUGAUGGUGGACGCUAUGGAGAUAGGGACCGCCUUAAUGGCAGAGAUAAAUAUUUGGGCCGUGAUCGCUAUGCUAGUGACAGGUACCCACCUGCUGGAGAUCGUUUUGCUGAUCGCUUUGUAGGUGAUAGGAAUGGUGGGUCAGAUCGUUACCCUCUAAAUGGUUAUGCCAAGGACAGAGCCUAUGAUAGAGAUGGUGGCCCACGUGGAGGUGGUGAUAGGUAUGGAGCUGGGGGACCUGCCCGGAGUGAAGGAAGGAAUUACAGGAAUCGUCCAGCUGCAACUCCAUAUGACCACCCUAGCAGGGGUGGUCGCCCAUCUUCCUUUGAGCGCUACUAAGCCCUAUAUAGUGGAUGAGUAUCCGGAAUUCGUUAGGUGUUUUAGCACUAGUCUUAGUACUUUUGGUUUUCGGUUAGUUCAUUGUGCCAGACUAAAAAAUUAUCACUUUAUUGCCUUUUUAUUACGGGAAGUUGUAUGUAGACGCACCGCUGCUAUGAACAGGAGGUUAAUGGUUGCAGUAUGUUUUACACAGUUCUUGUUUUUUUGUUUGACCGCAAUGGAUACAUAUGGAGACGAAGUGAAGAAAUGAAAAAAAUGCAGAAUCCA